GGGUGAGAUGCCAAUAUUUAAACGCUGGCCAUCUUUAUUCCUGAGGGCCAUAUACUGUUCAGAUCAAAUGAGUUUUGGACAUGAUGGCCCAGCUUCUUAUUGCGCCUGUAAUCAUUGCUCCAGCAGCGGGACUGCUCUGGUACAAUUCGCGUCAGAACGCGCAGGAUGACCAAGUUCCAACCUCUUUUCUACUCAAGACAUGGGCCCUAUCAGGAUUUUUAGGACCUACAAUCGCGGCCCCGGUUCAGCUUGCUAUUGGCUGGCCUUUUGCCAAAUUAUUGCUUGGUGAUCGAUUUGAUAUAUAUCUGAAGGAGAUGGGACGAACGGAGCAAUCGCUCAAGACUUUGGACAGAGAAACUCUAGCUGCACGCCGUGAAAUAGCUUUUUCUUUAGCCAACUUCGCAGGAAAUGUAUUCAUGUCAACAAUAGCCCCGCUAGUCGAAGAAAUCUUGAAGUAUGCGGCUUUGCGCAUCGUGGAAAAAUACUUUCCGGAAAAGGCCAGGACGAAGAGGAAUUACGUUUUGAUUGCUAUGGCUGCCGGACUUGGCUUCGCGCUCGCGGAAAAUCUCGCUUUUAUUUCCCAAGGCUCGUCGGGAGAAACACAGGCUCGGCUUGCCUUGACCAUCAUUGAGCGAGGCAUAGCUGGCACCUCCGGACACUUUCUCACUGCAGCGCUGACAGGAUGCAAAUUCGCGGAGUCUCGAGCUUCUGAUGGCAGGCGCACAGGCAUAUGGUCUAUCAUCAAGGAAAGUCUACUGUACCACGGCUUGGGAAAUUUUGGUCUCUUCACAAUCAGCACGUUGUAUGGUAAUGUGGGAUGGGUGCAUCCGCGGGAUCCCGUUGGCAUUGGCGCUAUGCUUGCGGUUGUACUCAGCGUGAAUGCUAUGGCAGCAUGGAGUUUGGUUCGAAACUUGAACAAGAUGGACGAUGCGACUAGGAAAAAGUCGUCUUAACUAGAGCGGCGAUGUGAUUCUUAUGGCAUGAUAUUCGUUACAGAAUAUGUACAUUAGUGAUCUGACAAUGAUACCCUUCUCCGGUUCCA